CGCAGGCCAUUGCCCGCCCAUUGCCCGCCCAUUGCACCGCCGUUCCCAUUGCCACGCCCCCCGGCACACCUCGACACAAUGCUGCAGCCCCGGAUAUGUCGAUUCCAGCCCUCGCGGCUGGGGAAGUCGCUGCUCGGCGCCCGCAACUACUCGCAGGGCUUCGAGCAGCUCAUCAAGCCGGCGUCCUUUGCGCCCACCGCAUCCGCUGAUGGCGCUGUGCUCACCGCCGAGGGCCCCCGGAAGGAGAGAUUCAUCCCGUUGCGCACAUACAAGCCGCGCACACCCGGUCUACGUCAUCUCAAGCGCCCCGUGAACGACCACUUGUGGAAGGGGCGGCCGUUCCUCAAGCUCACCAUUGCCCGGAAGGGUCAGCAUCUGGGAGGAAGGAACAACACCGGACGGGUCACGGUGCGACACAGGGGCGGAGGACACAAGCGGCGCAUACGCAUCGUCGACUACAAGCGGUAUCUGCCCGGCAAGCACAUAGUGGACCGGAUAGAAUACGACCCCAACCGGAGCGCGCAUCUCGCCCUCAUCACACGAGUCGAGACGGGUGAGAAAUCAUACAUCGUUGCUGCAGAUGGCAUGCGUGCAGGAGAUGAGGUGGAGAGCUUCAGGACUGGUAUCCCAAAGGACUUGAUUGCUAGCAUGGGUGGAACCAUUGACCCCGGUAUGCUCGCCGCGAAGACAGCAGCGCGAGGAAACUGCCUGCCUAUCCACAUGGUACCGCUCGGCUCGCAAGUGUUCAAUGUUGGUUCCAAGACACAGGGUGGAGGCGUGUUCUGCCGCAGCGCAGGCACAUACGCCAUCAUCGUGAACAAGGAAGAAGUAGAGAAGGCAAAGGGAGUGGAGACGAAGAGCGUCAUUAUCCGUCUGCAGAGUGGCGAAAUCCGCAAAGUCUCUCCGGACGCAUGCUGCACGAUUGGUGUAGCUAGCAACAUUCAGAAGCACUUCGAAUCGCUCGGCAAAGCUGGACGUUCUCGGUGGCUCGGAAGGCGACCAGAGGUUCGUGGUGUCGCCAUGAACGCAGCUGAUCACCCUCACGGCGGUGGACGAGGUAAAUCGAAGGGUCGAGUGCACCCAGUCAGUCCUUGGGGCACUCCGGCCAAGGGAGGUUACAAGACACGAUACAAGAGGAACAAGCACACAUUCUUGGUCCAGGACCGACCACGAAACCAGGGCAAGCGCAGGCCGAGAUAAGCCAGCUGAGCGCGUCGUGUAUCAAUAUCUGUCUGUCGAACCUGUAUCAUAUAUUGCAUGGCUGCACCACAAGCUGCCCUUGGAUUUACCAACUCAUCAACAUGCUUAUGAUUGCAGCUUGAUGGAAGGCCGACUAACAACGAUACUUGGGAAACUAUGAGUGCAGGGAUGAAGUCUGUCAACCUCGUGAAUGGGACCACGAUCGCAAGCAUCCGAUGUCGUCAUACACUUCACUGCCAAACUUCGAGACAUGAACGAACAGCAUCUGGUCUCUUUGCUUCCUGAACAUGAUAAACCCCAGUCUUGGACAAAGCGAGGACCCCUGCCAGCCGUCGCAUGACUAGCUGUUUCUGGAGACACGCUAAAACACCCCGCGCUCCAACAAUCGUAUCAUCGAAGGUCGGCGUGGAAGACACAGCAAACUCAAGAUGCAG